CUCUCUUUGCUCAGGACAGCUUCUCUACGCACAGUAGUGGUGUUAGUCACCUCUUGUUCGACUUCAACAGUUUUCCGGAGAAUACGGGAGACAUUGUCGCCAGAGACAUCUCGGUACGUGGUUGCUGUGCAAAGCUGCGGCUGGCUCUUGCUGGGUGAGAGAUGAGAGGCAUGGAAAGAUCUCCACCCGACCUUCAGGCAGCCGCCGCCGGUGUCUUGCUCGCCAUCGGAGUGGCCGUGGCAUUCUGGGUUAUCGCGCGCCGCGGAAGGAAGAGCGUUACGUCCGCUCUGGCAGGCAUUCGGUCUCUACGCGGCUUCGAGCCAGAGGAAGUCCUGAAGGAUGAGGACGACGGCCGUGUGGUCACUUUUCUGGGCCGUUUCGCAUGGCAGAAGGAAGGCGAGGUUGCCCUUGUCAAGCUUAUCGCCAAGCCGCUGUCGUUGAGCGGGCUCAAGGACAACCUUAGUCGGCUGAGUAUCCGGCUGAAGAGCGACAGCGGCGCCGAGUACUCCUUCUACGACUGCUCCUUGUCGCUGUGGUACACCUUCCUGCGCGGCCUCGAAGGAAACAGCUACUCGCUUGAGGUUGUGGCACCCGCCUCGGAGCGCACGGUCAACCGCAACCGUCCCGUGACUACCGCGAUGCUCACGGAAACCGCCGAGAUGCACGCCUCCGUAACCGGCCCGCAUAUGGACAGGAUCGUGGGGGACGGCAAGUCCCUGUCCUGGCUGUUCAACGUGCUCUCCAAGGAAAAAGAGGCCGAGCGCGUUCUGUACGAGGACGAAGACCCGGAGCACGGGUUCCUCCUGAACAUUGACACCAAAUGGCGGACGCACCCCGACAUCUCCACCACGCCUCGGCAUGAGUGGGAGGGACACCCAAGCGUGGGGGAGCUAUACUGCUUGGCCAUCAGCCACCAGCGAGGCAUCCGGACGCUGAGAGACCUUCGCGCGAAGCACGUUCCCAUGCUCAAGGAGAUUUACGGGCGCGGUGUGGAAACUAUCGAGGCGGUCUACGGGGUGCCCGAGGACCAGUUGCGAGUGUUCGUGCACUACAUGCCGCAGUUCUUUCAUUUCCACGUGCACUUUACCAGGCGAGUAGUGUUACACAACACAAUCGGGGUGGAGGCGGAGCGAGCCCACCUACUUGUAGACAUCAUCCAAAACCUCGAGAGAGACAGCUACUUUUACGAGACGCGUACGAUGCAGUUCGGGGUCCGCGAGAACGACGCCCUCCACACGGCCUUCAAGAACGCGGGCGAGGCUUGAACCUAUUCUAGUUGUUGCCUUUACAGGUCAGCUUGACAUGGCCGCUGCCCUUGUGUUGUGUGUGUGACGGAAUGAGCUUGUGUUCCUGGUUUACGUUGUGUGUGUGCUUAUCCCAUCUAGUCUACGCUUUCGGUGCGUUUGUUUAGCGUGUCAGAUGGGAGUCAUGCAGGUUUCCUUUCAUUAUGUUUAUUGUGCCUCACCGCCUGAGGUGCUAGCCUUGUUUAGUUGCUAGGAGGGUUGAACCAUCCCAUUCCCUCAUCGAUCGUGAAGUCUAAGUGUUCGUUCUCACGAUUUACCCGUGUUCCACCACGAAGUGCAAUAUUGUUUGCCCACUGCAGGGAGAAAAAAUCGAACUCUAACCUGCUAUCGGUAUUGGGUUGGAGGUUAACCAUUAGACUACCGGGGCGACUUUGAUUUGGCACACUUUUGUUGCCCUGGUAGCGGUGAACCUUGUAUGAUGAGAGCAAUCCGGGGGGCGAUGACGAGUCCGCUUGGCUGCCGAACCAGAUGAUGCUUCAUGUCGAAUCAAUAUCUCGUUCGUCAUACGGAGAUGACUCGUCCUGAGCUCUCUGGUUCGCUCUUUUCGUGUCCGGUUUGCCGCGGCCAUGGCAUCUUUGCCAAGCGCAGCUCUUUCGUCGGUGGCAUGCAACCCGUUCGCCCCGGUAGUGUAGUUGAUACCCUCGAAAACCUUCUUGUGGUCAGGGUCAGGCGUUCGAAUCCCGGCUCAAGCGAGCUUUUCCUGCAGAGUGAGUUUUUCUCUCGCUUCCGUGCAUCGCCUGGGUGGAAAGCGCUAGUU